AUGUUAUUGACUGUCCUUGCAGUGAUCGUGCAACGCACCGCUUCAGAUUUGAGAUGCUCAUUUUACAGCCAGACCGUCUCAAUGAUAUUAAUAUGUAUCAUGAAAAACAAAAAUAUAAGGAUACUAUCGCUCUUGAUAAGAAGCAAUAAAAGACACUUCAUCCCUAGUGUGGUUCAUUUGAGCUAUCUCGUCCUGCGACGUGGUAAUCUAGCUCUACUUCCAACUGCAAACUGCAUCUCAUCACUACAUCAACUCUACUUCAGUGUCAUGGGACUAAUGUCACGUACAGCGAUACGUAGGUUUCGUUUCAAACUAAGUAACUCUUCAACUGAUUGGAGGUGGAUCGAUGUCAAGAGCUAUAUCGCGGCAGCAUAA